AUGAAAACAAUCAGGGAGCUAAUAUGCAAGAUUCCCGGAUUUUGGGGGAAUUCGGCCAAUUUUGAGCAGGUUUUCGCAGCCGGUCAAGUUGGAGUCUUUUCAGCAUGCAGGAGUGCUAUUGUCAAGAGUUUUAUGAUUUGUUUUCAAGUGGGCCAGUUUACUUGCUUCCGAAUCUCGGCGUGGGAUCAAGGUGCAUUUUCGCCUUUUAUCUACACUGUCCUCAUUGUUUGGAUAAUGCUGGGGCAUCUAACUCAGCGGGCCAACUCAGCAUGGGUGUCGGUUGAAUUGAACACACUUCUUCGUGCUCUGGAUGAAAUCAGGAGUAGCUUUAUUCAUCUGUGGUCAGUCCGCUUCAGUUUUUCAGGCGCCUGA